GUUAUUUUGAGCUGUGUAAGUAAUUAUUAUAGCACAGCAUGAAUAUAGAUAUAGUUGGUAGAAUAAGACCUCCCUUGCCUGGAGAUGUUGGUAUCAGUCUACAAGUAACUGAAGGAAAAAGAGUGCAUGCCCAACAAGGGGGAAAUUCACACAGCUUUCAUCUGCUGUACCAGCCUGAUGCAACCAACCAGGAAUUAUUUUCAAAGACCGUCCAACCUUUACUUGAUUUGUUUAUAGCAGGAUUCAACACAUGUGUUCUUGUAUAUGGAGAAAGUGGCAGUGGCAAGUCAUUCACAUCCGUUGGUGAACAAGCUGGUGUACAACCUGGCAUAAUACCUCAAGCUAUCAGCUAUGCUACAUUGAAUGUACAGCAGCAGAACUCACAGAAACCACCAGAAAACUCGUUUGUAUCCGAUGGUCAGCAGACAUCACCACGUGUAGAAGAUAGAGGAAGAUUGCUGAUGUAUCAUUAUGAAAUAUACAAUGAGAUUAUUAAGGAUUUAAUGGCAGCAAGAGGCUCCUUGUCAGGUCGUCUGGGUGCUGGGCCAAUGGAACUUCAGUAUUCUCCAGAACGUGGAAUGUACGUCAAGAAUCUGCAGUAUGAUAUAUGUAGGAAUCCAACAGAAGCAAUCGCAGCUUUCUGGCAAGCAUGGGUAUCAAGGAACACAGCAGCUUCUGAUUUUGGUUCUUCUGCUAUUUUUGCAACUCAUAUAUUUCAACUUGAACUUUACAUGAUGACGGAUGAGAAUCCUCUUCCUAAUCGAUCCACAUUCACGGUGAUCCGCCUCCCUGGAGCAGAGAAGCUUGCAGAGGAUUUGAACCGCACAAGAGUAAGAGAAGGACCUACUCUGUCAAAAUCAAUUGUGGCUUUCAAUAAAUUAACAGCAGAUCUUGCAAGACAGCAAGAACCUGAGAGAGUUGUAAACUACAGCGACUCCAAGUUAACAAGCCUACUGAGUGAUAUACUGGGUGGAAACUGCAAGACAAGAGUCAUAUGUUGCUUGCCUUCAAGCAGCACGAGAGUCGAAGUUAUGUCAGCAGUACUUGCUGGAUGUGGUCUCCUCAGUCAAGUCAAAAAUUAUCCCAUCAUUAAUGAUUGCUUAGCACAGAAUUUGGUGACUCAAUAUCGCACCCGUGUGACGAAUAGUUUAGAGUUGGGAGGAAUGGAUGCGGGAGCAGCAGGAGCGGGAUUGAUGACAAGACCUGAUCUUCAAGAUCAACUUCUGAAGAUAACAAGUGAUAAUACCCAGCUUCGUGAAAGAAAUGACAGAUUGUUUCAAAGACUGGAACAAACACAAGAAAAAAUGGCUGAUAUUGCGAAAUCUAAAUCAGAACUUUCAUCUAAGCUUGUUGCUAGUGAAGAAGAAAAACUAAAAGUUUCUAAAGGAUUGGUUGAACUGCAACUUGAAAACAACAGGUUAACUGAGGAAUAUGAAUCUGAAAAUUUUGAGCUCAAGAACAAACUUCUGGCACUUGAGAAUCAGCUUGUAGAAUUCGAACUUGAAAAGAACAAGUUUGCACGAAGUCAUGAUCUUUCUGCGGAACACACACGCUCGCUUGAGGAAAACCGGAAACAACUUGCUGAGGAGUUCAUUGCACUCAAGAAGAAGGCAAUGGCACAAGAAAAAGAGUUGAAUGAACAGGUGCAUAAAAACGAUGAAAUGCGAGCUGAAUUGGGAAGACUCAUUGAAACAGAAGCUGCUCUUCUUCAGCUCAAAGAUAACGCAGAGAGAAGACGAGAGGCGCAUGAAGAAGCAACCAAGGAGCUAGAGAGAGCAAAGGCUGUUCUUAGACAAGUUAAUUUCAGCAUCCCACCAAACACGGAAAGUCUGGAAGCAUUAAGGGCAAGAAGGGCUGCUCUACAGCGAGAAGCACUCGAUAAAUCGUUACUAGAUGGUAGUCCACGAGGUGGUAAGAACGAAGUUUUAUCUCGUAUGCGACAAACCUACGAUGAACAAACUCGUAAACUUGAAGAUAGACUUACUGAACUUAAAACACAGCUGGCAGUCGCAUAUUCAGGAAUACAGGAAGCUAAUAAGAAAUGUGCAGAACAAACAACAGGCAUGUUGGCAGCAAAGGAGAUGCAGGAGAGAGCUACAGAUGAAAAUAAUCGACUUCAACUUGAAAUUAAAGAAACAAAUGAAGACUACAGGAAAAGACUGUGGAAAUACGUUCAAGACAUUGCAGAUUUUGUUGACAAUGGGCCACCAGAUGCUAGUAGGAAGCCAUCUUCUAAUCAACAGAUGCAGAAAUAUGUUGAAGGAAUGAUGAAGGAUAUGAAGUCAGCAUUUAGAUCACGUGAAGAACAACUUAGCAAUGCAGCGAGAAAUUAUAAAAAACAAUCAAAGCGUGUUGCACUACGGCAUGAAAAACUACUGAUUCACUACAGGGUUCUACAAAAUCAACUGGACAUGCUUCAGUCUUCCAUGUUGUCAUCAGAAGAUGAUCAUGGGAAGUUGCCUCCCAUCCAUAAUCUUCCUCAGAUGGAUCUGGGUCCGGAUCCCUCAGAGCUUGUGAUCUCAGAGAAUGAACUGAUGUCCGAAAACACGCUCGAGAUGAACAAACUAAGAGCACUGCUAGCAAAAUCAAGAGCGGAAGUCAAGACCGUAAAAGGGGAACUAGAGAGACAAAGAAAACUUGACAAGACCAUUUCCCCACUCCGCGGGCUGGGGCAGACAAGUUAUCAACCAGCUACUAAUCGUGAUGUGAACAAUGCUUCAAUGAGAAUGCGUGAUCUUCAUCUUACUGCUCAACAUGAACGAGAGCGUGCCGAUCUACUCACAAGAGCUUCUGUUGCUGAACAACAGGUCAAAGAGCAACAGGAAUAUAUCGACACACAUUUGACAAGGUACAAGCAAGAGAUUGUAAGACUUCGACGAGUAAUCUCCGAGAAUGGGAUCCGACUUAAUGAUGAUGGAUUUAACCCGGAUCAAAGUCCAAGGAGGAAAUAUGUGAGACCUUCGCCUUAUGGGUUCUAAAGUACUGUUUGUGUGAAGAAUGCCAAAAAGCAGAUUUCAUUUCGUUUUAUAAACAACUGCAGUAACUUUUGUACAACUUCCAAUUUUACUGACUCCUUACUUACUAGAGUAGUUUGUAGCCACAUCCUAUUUUUUACGUUCAGCAAUUUGCAGUUUUUGCAUUUCGAGAUUGUGUCUAUUGCAAUUGCAAAUCAAAUAUUUCUAACAAUUCGCACUUAAGUUUUUUACCUAUAAACUUCACACAGUUUGAAAUCGUUCACUUCUUUAUAUCGUGCAUUAGCGUUCUUAUUCUGCAAUUACCUUGUUUGUAAAAUAUCGCAAUGUAAAGCAAAGGAACUAAUAAAGUUCAUCCUAACAAAGAA